AUGACAUAUGCUGCCAAUUUUGCUGGAAGUGAUGAGCAUUCUGGGGCCUGGGAGAAUGGAGAAGAAAGGCAACCAAAGAAGAACCAGCAAAACCCAUUCCUUCGCAAUAGAAUCGAAGAUGAGGGGGAAAAAAUCAAAAACGAACUGGAAAAGAAAAACCCAACGAACCUUAUAAAGAAACUCCUAGCCAGAGGCAAUAAUAACCAAGGAAACAAAGAGAUAGAGAAGCGAUUCGAUUAA